CCAUACAUGUAACACCAUGGACGAGCACUAUCCAGGACUGGAACUAAACAAGACGGGGUAUGUGGACUGCAACUUUAACUGGACGAAUAUUGAUCUAAGCCCGGAUGAGCGUGUAGGAGUAUACCAGGAGGAAUCUGGUUACCACGAAGUUGCAGAUAUUUCACAAAAUGAGAUUUAUCAGUUUGAUGUCUCCUCUCACAACACAGUGUUUCCUAACACAACCUACAGCUAUGAAUCGAACCCUGUACCUGGUCAGGUGGAGUUGACCCCUCAGCUACCCCCGCCCGACUACCCCCUCCAAUAUACUCCAGGUCCUGCCGAGUAUACGCCUCCUUCAAAAAAAGGCAAAGGAGGACGGAAAAAAAGUCUCCGACCUCCGUCCCCAUCCAUCCUCAAGCUCCGAAGAGAAGCGGCAAAUGCGCGUGAGCGUAAACGAAUGAAUGGUCUAAACGAUGCGUUUGAACGGUUGCGCGAAGUUGUUCCAAAUUUAACAACAGAACAGAAAAUGUCUAAAAUUGAAACUCUACACAUGGCUCAGACCUAUAUCAAGGCACUGGCAGGGCUGAUAGAUCGGGAGGAGAAAAGGGAGAGAGGAGAACCCUACCUGGAGUCAGAAUCCUACUCUGCUCUCGAGCUUGGGACGAAUUACUCCGAUAUUAAGGAUGAAUUAGAGGGUAGUGAUCAUUCAAUACUCCCAGAGUAAAACCAAUGAUCAGAAAAGAUCUUGUUUAAGAAUCUUUUUUUCUUGAUGGACCAUCAAAUUUUGUCCUUUCGUUCUGGUAAAGAUAGGACGGUAGUUCUCUAUAUUUGUCCUGUAGGACCACUAGUCCAAGAAGUAAAUAACAGACCAAAUCUUUAUUUACUUUUUCGAUCAAAUUUAACUCUAUCUGUGAUAUUGUUUAUAUCGUAUUUACAUAAUUUACAUAACAUUGUUAUUUUGUGCAAUAUUUAG